AGUGGCACAAUCUUACUUCACAUUGCCUAUAUCCGCAGAGCAAAUUCCACAUACCUCGAGCAAUCCGGGAAAGGAACAAAAAUAUAGAGAUAACCCUACCGUAUUGAUUUCCAGACCAGACUCCACCAUGUCGGAAGAUUCGCAUCCACAGCCACAGCACCACCACCAGGGUUUCUUCGAUCGGAUCCUCCACCCGGAACACCAUCACCAAGACCAGGAACAACACCAGGACCAACCUGAGUCUCGGGGAAAUGAGGCCCCCGCAAAGGAGAGCGAACUCGACAAAAUCAGGGAUGACAUCAAGGAAGAUCAGGAAGAGGUGGCCGAGGGCGAUAUUUAUGCAGGCUUGAUGUGAAUGUUUUAUGAUCGGCGCCAGUUUCUGUUAUUGCUCACAAGGGAUGGGAUCACGGUUACUCAAGGGAGUUUGUAUGGUAAUAAUAAUGAAUUAAAUAAGAAUGUUAC